UACUGAGUCAUGCUGACGCUCUGGAUACGAAGAGUAUACGAAGACCAAACUAAGCACUAACCAUAUCUCACUUAGCGCACAGGCAUGUGAAGAUCUGGUUUAUAGUUCGUAGAUAAGAUAGAUCUGUUUACAGAAUGCUGUUUAGGGCUACGAGAACGUCGGGAUGACCGGAUGAUGAGGUCAUAAUGGGUUAACCUGGCUCAACGCGCCGACUUCGCUCAAAAAAUUCCUUGCUGCAGAAUAUUCAGACAAUGAACCUCUCAGCCUACGAUGAAACCUCUGUUCAGGUCCAUUCCGCGAUAUCCUCUCCUGCGGUGGCAGAUACGCCGCUUCGCCGACAUCCGGGAGCAUCCGGGCAACGACAAGCAGCGCAUCGUCGUCCUGGGCUCCGGAUGGGGAGGAUACACUCUCUCGCGAAAACUAUCGCAUCGCCAGUUCGCCCCCGUCGUGAUAUCCCCUCGGUCGUACUUCGUCUUUACCCCGUUGCUCACCGACACUGCCGGCGGCGACCUGGACUUCUCCCAUAUCGUCGAGCCUGUGCGCGAUCCCAGGGUCAAGCUCGACUUUAUCCAAGCUGCCGCGCGGGCAAUCGAUCUAGACCGCAAGACCGUCCUCUGCGAACCGACUAUCGUCCAAAGCGGCGUUACCGAGACGCAUACAGAGGAGGAGAACCAGAAUAAUGGCAAGCAGGUGAAUAAAUGGGAACACAGCGAGAUGUUCCACGUCCCCUACGACAAGUUGAUCAUAUCAGUGGGCGCAAUCAGCCGGACAUUCAAAACACCAGGCGUCAAGGAUAACGCCAUCUUCUUCCGCGAUAUUGGCGACUCGCGCCGUGUCCGUCGGCGCCUCCGCGAAUGCUUCGAACUCGCCGUCCUCCCAACCACCAGCGACGAAAUGCGCCGGCAUCUGCUGCAUUUCGCCAUCGUUGGCGCUGGUCCAACUGGUACGGAACUUGCUGCGGCAUUGCGCGACUUUAUCCACGCUGAUCUGAUCUCCCUGUAUCCGACUUUGGUCGGCUUACCACGUAUCUCGCUGUAUGAUGUUGCGCCGAAGGUGCUGUCGAUGUUCGAUGAGUCGUUGUCGCGGUAUGCGAAAGAGACGAUGAAGAAGGAGGGUAUUGACGUCCGCACUUCCCAUCAUAUCGAAAAUCUCCGUUGGGGUGUUCCCGGUGCUGAACCGCCGUACGAGAUGGAUCCGCGGAGUUGUUUAACACUUACAACGAAGGAGGAGGGAGAGGUGGGAGUGGGAAUGUGUGUCUGGGCUACAGGGAAUGCCAUGAACGAGCUCGUUCGCGAUUCUCUGCGAGAUGUCGAUGUGUUUCCGGCGAAUUCGGCCGUUAUGCAGGACGGUUCGAAGCCGCCGCAGGAUGCAUCGACGCGGUCGUGGUCGUAUAAGAAGGCCUCGCAGACAGGUGCACUCCUAGUCGAUGGACACUUGCGCGUCCAGCUUCAAGACGGCACCGGUAGUACAGCCGUUCUCAAGGACGUCUUUGCGCUUGGAGACAACGCCAUGCCCGAGAAUGGCGCACCACCAGCAACAGCACAGGCGACCGCCCAGGAAGCAAAGUGGCUUGCGACGCGGUUUAAUCACGGCGACUUGCAGACAUCGCCGCCGUUCUCAUUCAAGAAUAUGGGCACGCUGGCGUAUAUUGGGGAUGCGCGGGCGCUCAUGCAGCUGCCGGAUGAAGGGGAUGGCAAAUUUCUGCCACAGAAAGUAACAGGGAGAAUGGCCUGGUUGGUCUGGAAUUCGGCGUACUUGACGAUGACUAUUAGCUGGCGCAAUAAGCUAAGGGUUGCGUUUCGGUGGAUGUUGAAUCGGGUUUUUGGGCGGGAUAUCUCGCGCUAUUAAGCAGUUUCAGUACAAAUGGCAUGAUCUUGCAUGUCUAGUGCUUAUUAUACAAUCUAAAAGACAUUGUUCCGACCAGGCAUUGCAUGAUCAUCUGUUGUUAAGCAAGCAUCGUUACUGAAAGUCUUGUUCUAUCGGUAUUCAUGAAGAAAGCAUUUCUGAAGUCAUUAUUUUCUUUCUCAGUAGGGAAGCAUGUUAACCUGGAUCAUAUUAGCCCGUUAUAUUUC